CCGCCUCCACCGAAGCCCGAUUCACCACAGCCCUGAGCCAAUCAUGGAUUUUACUACCUGGUCGUGGAUUUUUGUCUUUGGACGUUAGUCCCAACGCAAAACCCGAAACGUUUCUUCUAAUAAGAGAACCAUUUCUCACCUUUGAGUGACAGAAGAUGGGUUUGAGGAUUUUGCGGGAUUGAUUAUUGUUGAAAUCCAGCUAACCUUCACUAUAAACACUCACGUUUUCUUCCCGUCUGUCGUCACCGCAGCGCAUUUUGUUUCGUUUUGUCUGUAACCGGCUGUUGAGGUUUUUCACCUUUUUGUUGACAUUUAUUGUUUUUUUUGAAGGUCGGUAAAACUGUAACUGGUUUUUGGUCGGCCUAUCACUUCAUAUCUUCGUGUAGAGCAAAUCUAAAAAGUAAACCGCUUUAUUUACGUAUUUACAAUAUAUAGCUGAUUGUUUUUUUUUUUUAGACGUGCAAGUAUCCAAGUCGUUAAGGGAGCAAAUAUACAUUGACGCCAGUUCCAUGUUAACCUUUUCAGGAAAACCUCAAAAAUCUUUUUUAAGGACCUCCUGUUUAUCGUUAAUGGAUCCAUAGACUUUAAUACAAGUUUUCCCUCUGCAUAUGGACGAAUGCUGGGCUUCAACUUGUUGAUAUCUGUCUGCGUGGCUAGUUCGGGCUAGCUAGCAACGUUGAUCUUCUUAAUCUGAAACUGGACGAAAACGCAGCUUUUAAAUGCUUGUCCACCACUAAAAAGGGUUUUCAAUCUUUAUUUCCCCUAUUGGCCCUAAUUUUGAGAAACCCUGGGAGAAAAUGUCAACCCGGCCUCAAGGAGUAGGUGUUAUAGAGAAUUCAUCAGGCCAGACCCAUUCUGAUGCCAAAGGAGGGGGGCGUUCUAGCGUCCCGCGCAAUCGGAGUUCGGUUCCGACAACGACUGAUGAGCAGCCCCACAUAGGCAAUUACAGACUGCUGAAGACUAUUGGCAAGGGUAACUUUGCCAAGGUUAAACUAGCCCGACAUGUCCUCACUGGUAAAGAGGUAGCGGUGAAAAUCAUAGACAAGACACAGCUCAACUCCUCUAGUCUUCAAAAACUUUUCAGAGAAGUGAGAAUCAUGAAACUUCUGAAUCACCCAAACAUCGUGAAGUUAUUUGAGGUGAUCGAGACGGAGAAGACCCUGUAUUUAGUUAUGGAAUACGCCAGCGGAGGUGAGGUGUUCGAUUACCUCGUUGCUCACGGGAGGAUGAAAGAAAAGGAAGCGCGUGCCAAAUUUAGACAGAUUGUGUCAGCUGUGCAGUAUUGCCAUCAGAAGUGCAUUGUGCAUAGAGAUCUCAAGGCUGAGAACCUUUUGCUCGAUGCGGACAUGAACAUUAAGAUUGCUGACUUUGGCUUCAGUAACGAGUUCACGAUGGGCAACAAGUUGGACACGUUCUGCGGGAGUCCGCCAUAUGCCGCCCCCGAACUCUUCCAGGGCAAAAAGUAUGACGGACCGGAAGUGGACGUGUGGAGUCUCGGAGUAAUACUGUACACGCUAGUCAGUGGCUCGCUCCCUUUCGAUGGACAGAACUUAAAGGAGUUGCGGGAACGCGUGUUGAGAGGAAAGUACAGAAUUCCCUUCUACAUGUCCACAGAUUGUGAGAACCUGCUGAAGAAGUUCCUCAUUCUCAACCCCACCAAGAGGGGAAGUUUGGAGCAGCAGAUCAUGAGGGAUCGCUGGAUGAAUGUAGGUCACGAGGAAGACGAGCUGAAGCCCUUUAUUGAACCCCAACCUGACUACAAAGACCCCAGGAGAACAGAUAUAAUGCUUCAAAUGGGUUUCUUACAAGAGGAAAUACAAGACUCCCUCGUCAACCAAAAAUACGAUGAAGUCAUGGCAACCUUUCUGCUUCUUGACUAUAGGAAUUCAGAGCUUGACGAGGGUGUCACCUUGUCACUAAAGCCCCGUCCAGGAAAUGACCUCACAAACAGUAACGCCCCAUCUCCACCUAAUAAGGUACAGCGCAGCGUGUCGUCCACUCAGAAGCCGGUCAGAAGAUCGACAGAUCAGGGCUCACACUCGAAACGGUUUCAGGGAGAAAACAAGCAUGGAGUUGAGGAUUCUGGGAGGAAAGGUUCAAAUAGCUCCACCAAAGUUCCACCCAGUCCCGUCAUCUCCAGCGAACGCAAAAAGAGCUCCACACCCUCCACUAAUAGUAUCCUGUCCACGACCACAAACCGCAGCAGAAACUCUCCUAUUUCUGAGCGGGCAACUUUGGGAGUGCAGAACGGGAAGGACAGCCUGAGCACUCCGGGGUCCCGCGCCUCCACGGCCUCGGCCGGCGCCGUGCUCUCUUCAUCCUCCUCUUACUCACGCCCCCGCCAUCACAAGUCCCUCUCCACCUCUGCCCAUCCUUGCCCCGCAGACCUGCACUCACACCGGCCCAGUGAUCCCCCUCAGAGAGCACCUGGUGCCUCCCCGUCAGCCCACAAUAUCAGCAGUGCAGCUGGGACGGAUCGUACCAACUUCCCAAGAGGGGUGCCAACCCGCAACACCUUUCACCUGGGGCAACAAAGGGGCGCACGAGACCAACAGGGUUCUCCGUACCACGGAGGCCCCGCCUCCCCUUCACUCUCCCAUGGCAACAGCCAACAACGACGACCUGCGGCUUCGGGCAUCUUCAGCAAGUUCACCUCAAAGUUUGUGCGCAGAAAUCUGUCAUUCAGAUUCCCCAGAAGCCCCUAUGAGGGAGAGGGUCGAGAGGAGGGGAGCAGAUCCAUGCUCAGCAGCGCAGAGAAGUCGGAGAAGACCAGCGUCGGGCCCGAGGACGACAACAAGGACUCCUCGUCCUCCCCAGGGGGCGGGACUUCUCCGUCCGCACCCCUUUCCUCGCUCAAAGAACAAGCCAAGCCUCGCUCUCUCCGUUUCACCUGGAGCAUGAAGACCACCUCUUCAAUGGAGCCCGGGGAGAUGAUGAAGGAGAUCCGGAAGGUCCUGGACGCCAACAGCUGCGAGUACGAGCUGCGAGACCACUACAUGCUGCUGUGCAUGGCCGGCAACCCGGCACGCGACGACUUCGUUCAGUGGGAGAUGGAGGUUUGCAAGCUGCCCCGCCUGUCGCUCAACGGCGUGCGCUUUAAGAGGAUAUCCGGAACGUCCAUCGCCUUCAAGAACAUCGCUUCCAAAAUCGCCAACGAGCUGAAACUCUGAGAUUUCCGAGUGAAAAUAAAUGCAGGAAUCGCAACGUAGCAUUUUAAAUGAUGUGGUGUCUCGGAACGGGUGCGAGUGGAGGAAAUUGCCACUACUCAAACACAGUCUAUACUGCUGGUGUGGUUAGGUACAGACAGGUCUAAGAUCAGAUACAUACAAAUGCUAAAUAUAGCAUUGGCCCUUCAAUACUGGAUACUGAGAUUAUAAUUCGGAGGUUUGGGAACGUAAGAAGUACAAACUAUAGGCAGGUUAUUUGUUUCUCAUACGCCCACAAACAAACCAAUCGCCUAUUAAAGAGGGGUGUACACCCAAGUAGGGUGACACUUCAGGACAGAGGAUCAAUAUUCCCGCCCCCUUUACACACACACAAUGUCCCGGCAUGUCUUAUAGUGUCAAACAGGGUCGCACCUCGGCAUUAAACACACACACACACACAGUGAUGGGCCAACACAUGUGAUCAGUACUGAGAAGAGACUAAAUUAUGUUUAGAGUGAUUUUAUUUCUUAAUCGGCUGGGUUUAGAUUUGCUGCACUGGAACGGGUGUAUUUUUGUUGCCUUUUUAUUUUCUUAUAGAAAUUGAUCGUUUCAUUGUUGUAUUUACAGAUGAUUAUGUUUUAAUAUUCUUAGGAAAAACUAAUUCUUUUCUCGUGGUCUCGUGUACUUGAUCGUACUAUGCCUUUGUAUAAAGAAUGUCCGAAAAAGCACCCACGGCGAAGCUUUCACACUCAAAGGAUUGUGUUAAAAAAAAUAUCACUGGAAAAUACACAAGGACUUUAUCCAUGCAACUAAUCAUUCCCAUGCCAUCGUCGUGACUAAGGAACUGAUGUUAAGCUAUUUUUACAACAUCCACCACCACCCUUCAUCCCAACACCUGCCUGGUAUGACAUGGUUCAAGCCAAGAACUUCCCAUCUCCAUAUUGUUUGGAGGUGGUGGUUUGGCAUUAUGCCUUUGAUGGUACACUUUUUAUGAAAAUGUGAGUGAGUGUGUGUAUGCGUGAGAGAGAGAUGAUGAUGAUGAUGAUGGAGUGUCGCAUCUGAAUAACCAAAAGGCUUGCUUAGUUUCCUAUUUAAUGCAGAGACUGUAUUAACAGAGCCUUGAGACCACAGUCAAAUAUUGGCAAUAUUUUGUCGGCAUUAUUAUCAUUUGUGCAAAAGCAGAUCAGUACUACAAAAAGAAAGGAACCAGUUAAUGCUUUUGUGAGGUAAAGGGUACACCGAUGUUGUGUUACAGUCAAACGUACUGUAUAGCCAUCCAUCCAUCCAUCCAUCUCUGCUGAACUGUACAUGAUUGCAUGCAUCCUCCAGUUGACAUUGGGUGCAGUGUCACCUUUGUUGUUAUUUAAAGAUGAGGAGAUGACGUCUCCUUAUAAAGUCUGUCACCGGUUUGGCGACGUGUGCACAUGUGUGUUUUAUAUCUUCAUAGAAAAUAAUGAUUCUCUUCUUUUCGUCAUGUAAUUUGCUGUUCUCACAAAUGAUCAUUUGUUUAAGGUGCUGGGGAUCCAAUUAUCUUUAGUAUUGUUUCUUUUUCUUCAGGGUUGAUUAUUUGUAUUUACAUAAGUUUUUCAUUGCUGUAAUUUUAUGUUUCGUGUCAGACUCGUUGCUGUUGGGUUAAAGGGGGUUCGAGAAAUACACCUUUUUUCUUUUUGUGCAAAGAUGACUAUGAUUAUGAUCAAUAAUAGUAAUAAAAACAAUUCCAUUCA